AUGUCCUUGAAAGCAGAUGGACCCAGAGUUCGCCCCGAGCGAGUAAAACCACCGCCACCUUCUUCUCCUCCCACCGAAGCACAUCCCAAUCCGCCAUCAUGGUCCCGCCGCUCCUCGACCGCGUCCACGACCUCGUUCCACUCCGCCCACUCGGUGCAGCUAGACCGCUUCUCCCCGGCCGAGGAGUCUCGCAUGCUGUCGCGCUCCAACGACCUGAAAUCCCAAGCCAACACCCUCUUCUCCCGUCAAGACUACGAGUCCGCCAUCCAGACCUACGACCGCGCAUUGGCGGAACUGCCGCGGUAUCUGGACUACGAGAGGGCGGUGCUGCAGAGCAACAUCGCGGCGUGCCAUCUGAAGCUUGAUCAGUGGAAGGAUGCAGUGGACUGUUGCGAGAGAGGCUUGGACGGUUUAGAACGAGAGUUGCCGACGAAGAAGAAAGAAGUGAAGGCCAAGAAAAGGACAGGGAAGGGAGCUGGAGCAAAGAAAUCGUCCUCAACGGCACACACCAAUGGCAAGAGUCGGAAUGGACGGUUAAAUUCAGACUCUGAGUCGGACGACGAAGGGGCGUCACCGGCACAGUCUGCAGACCAGGCGGUACAGGACGACACCGUCGUCGAACUCCCCUCGGACGAGGAAGACGAGACCGCCGCACUGAACAAUCUUCAACUCUCAGAUACGAGGAAAGCCGACAUCACACGAAUACGGGUCAAACUCCUGCUGCGCCGCGCCCGGGCGAGAUCAAACAUGUCCCUCCUCCCACCUUCGUCGUCAACAGCAAAAUCAUCAGCCACAUCCGACCUGUCCUCCACCACGUCGGCGUCAAAAGCCUCCUCCGCCCCCACCACCUCCGCCUGGUCCAACCUCAGCUCCGCGCUCGAAGACUACAAGACCCUCUCCUCCACGCCCCAAUACUGGGAGACGCUGCCGGCCUUCGACAAGAGGACCGUCCGCGACGCGCUGGUCCUGCUCCCGCCCAAAAUCGAGGAGGCCAAGCAGAAGGAAGUCAGUGAGAUGAUGGGCAAGCUCAAGGAUCUGGGCAACGGCAUUUUGAGGCCGUUUGGGCUGAGUACCGACAACUUCAAGGUCGUCCAGGGCGAGGGCGGCGGAUAUAGUCUGAGUUUCGACGGGGGAGGGAAGAAAGGGUGA